AUGUCCAUUUCCUCAAUGUCCGACUUUGCCGUGUCUGGAGGAAGCCGCGAAGGCAACGCUGACGGCGUGUUCAGGUCGGCUUGCGGGCGUCAGUACUUUAUUUCCAAGUUGGGCUUGACCUGGGCCAACGCCAUGACCGAAUGCUGCAAGUACGGAAUGAAAUUGUUAAGCAUCGAAUCAUUUGAAGAGUUAUCUUGCCUGGCGGCCAUGAAUAAGGUCCAGUUCAAGAACGCCGAUCAUUUUUACUGGACAUCAGGCACCAACAUUGGACUCGGCUGCGAAUUCACAUACGGAUUUUGCGCCUCGAAGACGCUGCUUUACCAAAAUUUCUCAAACUGGUUCCCGGGACAGCCUGACAAUCGGCUAACAGAGCAAUGCUUGGAGACGAAGAUAGCGUUUGACGCCAAACAGAUUAUUGUCAACGACCAGGGAUGCACCAAUGGGCGAUACUUCAUUUGUGAGGGCGAACAAAAGGAUUGCUCUCCCACUUGUCCUAGCAAAUCCACGUGUGUCAAGCAGAAUAAUCUCUUCAACUCGAAAGGAGAACUGCUGAAUGCCUUUAGUUACGGACGUUGGGCGACCGGAAGUGCAAAAACUUAUCUUUUCUCUACCAUGAGCGGGGUGAAUUGGGCAACUGCCUACACCGCAUGUUGCAAUUUGGGAAUGGACUUCCUUUCCAUUGCCAGCGACCAGGAAAUGCAGGACAUCUUCAAUUUAAACAAUAAUGACCCCCUUCUGCGGUACAACACCGAUUUUUGGACGAGCGGCACACAGCUUGAUUGCAAUUUCCACUUCAAGUAUUGCUCAACCGGCGUUGACUUUUACUGGAACGACACCAAAUGGCUUUCUGGAGAGCCAGAGAAUAUAAACGAGCAGCAGUGGUGCGUCUUUUCUCGAUUCGGAACGGCCUCGACUUACAGCAAGAGUGCAGCCUAUCUCGCCGACGCUCCUUGCACCGAAUCGCGCAAUUACAUUUGCCAGAUGCCUGCUCUACCCUCCUCGUCGGUCACCUGCUUCGACUACAACUGCACUACCGAUCCUGCAAAAUCUGCUCAAGUGACAGCAAUGUCUGGAUCUGAUGGACAGUUCAAAACAUUUUGCAACCAAACGUACUUCCUGCACAAAGAUUCGAUGUCCUACAAAAAUGCAUAUGACACUUGCUGCUCGUUUGGAAUGAAGCUCGUGUCGGUCGAGACGGACGCAGAACGCGUUUGUCUUCACGAUGGAUUUAAAUCUGCCGGCUGGCCAGGUGGCUUCAUUUGGACGUCAGGCACCGACGUCGGUAUCGGCAGCGUCAACAAAUUUGGCUGGUGUCCGGACGGCCAGUUUCUCUACAGCAACCCCCACUGGUGCGGAGGGGAGCCCAGCUCACCCUACGUUGAAAAUUGUCUCGUUUUAGCCAUGAAUGGCGGCGAUCCGUCGAGCACUUGCUUCAAUGACAACAAUUGUGCUACCGCCUUCCGCUUUGUUUGCGAGGCAUAA